CCAUGGCCACCGGCUUUGUAGGCUCUACGAAAAAUUUCCCAUUCUCCUUCGAUGUAGACGUUGACGAGGAAGAUGGGAGAACCACCCCGCAUUUAAAUAAACGAAUUGGCAGCGAGAGCCCCACGAAUACAGUGGGGGCGGAGGCGCCACGCGAGCUGCCCAAUGAGCUUUCUGCGCCCUACGAGGUCCCGCAAUUCCCCAUUGAACAGAUAGAGAAGAAACUUCUUAUACAACGACAGUUGAACGUCAAGGCAGCAGAAUGCGGUCAAUCAGUUCGUUCAUUCGGCGGCAGCGAGGCUGGCUGCGCUACAAACGUGUUCGAGGAGCGCCUGCGCAUGGCCGACGAGGACGAGCCCGAUGUCGUGCUUCCCCACUUCCAGAGGGUUGCUAUUAGUGGAGAGGAUACUUCUGGGGUACCACUAGAAGAUCUCCAACAAGCGUCAUCCUUACUCGUGCAAGCGUUGGAGAUCCGCAAGAAAUACAUGGCGAUGUCAAAGCAGAGCUUCGCUCACAUCACCAGCCGGUUUAUCCACAGCAUGGACGUCAACGCGACUCGUAACCACACACCUAGUGUUAAAGUGCCUAAGAGUCAUAUUGCAGAUCAUCUUGUCCAUCCACCCCCAAUGGAAGAUAAGGAUCCCUGGUGGGACUGUCCAUACCCUUCUGCCAAAGGGUACACCAUCCGUGCCGACGAAGGUGUCUUCAACCUUUACAAGAUGGAUGAAAACGGAGUCGAGACCAGACUGCCUUACGAGUAUAUCAAUCUGGCGCAGUACAUACAGGAUAAGAAUAUUAUGUGCAAUAUGAUCGCUGAUGGACCACUGAAAUCAUUCUGCUACCGGCGUCUGAGCUACCUCUCUUCCAAGUUCCAAUUGCACGUGUUGCUAAACGAGCUGAGGGAACUAGCUUCGCAGAAGGCAGUGCCCCAUAGAGACUUCUACAACAUUAGAAAAGUGGACACUCAUAUCCACGCCGCGUCUUGCAUGAACCAGAAGCAUCUGCUUCGAUUUAUCAAGAAAACCCUCAAAAACCAUGCCGAUGAGGUGGUAACGUUGCACAAAGGAACGCCAAUGACAUUGAAGGCUGUCUUCCAGUCGAUGAAUCUCAGCACUUAUGACCUCACCGUCGAUAUGCUUGACGUUCAUGCGGACCGCAACACAUUCCAUCGCUUCGACAAGUUUAACGCGAAGUACAACCCCAUAGGCGAAAGCAGGCUGAGAGAAGUUUUCCUCAAAACUGACAACUACAUGAACGGAAAAUACUUCGCCAGAAUCAUUAAGGAAGUGGCGUCAGACCUGGAAGAGAGCAAGUACCAGAACGCGGAGCUGCGCCUGUCCAUCUACGGCAAGAGCCGCACCGAGUGGGCCAACCUGGCGAAGUGGGCCAUCCAGUACAAGGUGUACUCCGACAAUAUACGCUGGCUUAUUCAGAUCCCGAGGCUCUACGAUAUCUUCAAAUCGAACAAGAUCAUUAACAAUGUACAAGAGUUCCUAAGCAACAUCUUCCAGCCUCUAUUCGAGGUGACCAACGACCCCAACAGCAACAUUGAGCUGCACAAAUUCCUCAUUCAUGUGAUAGGUUUCGACAGCGUGGACGACGAGUCGAAACCCGAAAACCCUAUGCUGGACGCUGAAGUGAAGAGACCCCAAGAUUGGGAUGAUGAAGAGAAUCCUCCCUACGCGUAUUACCUGUACUACAUGUACGCGAAUAUGACUGUAUUGAAUCAGUUUAGAGAGGAACAAGGAUUGAAUACUUUCGUACUGCGACCGCAUUGCGGUGAAGCUGGCCCAGUGCAGCAUUUAGUAUGCGGCUUCAUGCUGGCCGAGAAUAUCUCGCACGGCCUGCUUUUGAGGAAGGUGCCUGUCCUUCAGUACCUGUACUACCUGGCCCAGAUCUACAUCGCGAUGUCUCCCCUGAGCAACAACUCUCUGUUCUUGAACUACCACCGCAACCCUCUGCCGGAAUUUCUCGCUAGGGGCCUCUGCAUCACGCUGAGUACUGACGAUCCAUUGCAGUUCCACUUUACUAAGGAGCCGCUGAUGGAGGAGUAUAGCAUCGCGGCGCAAGUGUGGAAGCUGAGCUCGUGCGAUAUGUGCGAGCUGGCUCUUAACUCCGUGCUCAUGUCCGGAUUCCCGCACGAGAUGAAGCAGUAUUGGCUCGGCCCGAACUAUGUGAAGGAAGGCGUGGCAGGCAACGACAUCUCUCGCACCAACGUACCCGACAUUCGGGUCUCGUUCCGUCACGAAACGCUUCUCGAUGAGCUGACCAACAUCUUCAAGGAGGGUAUGUCAACUCGUCGAUAGACAUCCACAAGCAGAACAGUGGAUGGCGCAACGAAUAUAACCGCUACAAAUAUUAAACAUUUUUAUUUUAACAACCUAAUCAUUUGAGCCCCGAUUUGUGAAAAGCUUUAAGGUUGCCACACUAGCGUUAGGCACCCGUCAGCACCGUUGUUACAUUAAAAGCUGCCAAACUUUCUAAGAUCCUUUACUUCUUUAUAAGUAUUUUAACUAACUAGUCUACGUUAUCUAGAGGUUAUACCUCUCUGGUAUAUAAACUAAAAUUAUAGUCGGAUUUUUAAUUAGGUAGGAAAAUAUGACGUUUAGUGGGUUGCCAGUUUUUAAUGCAAUAGAAACAGUGUUGUCUUAAAAGAUCAAUUUCUCUGGUUCACUCAGUAGGUCGUCAAGAUUAAUUAAAUAUUUAUUUUAGUAUGUGCCGACUCGGUCUGUAGUUCAGUUGGUAAGAGCAGAGCCCCUGGUGUUGCAGCAGAUGGUAGUUCGAAUUUUUUUGUGAUGUUUGACUUUUGUAUCAAUAAUAAUAAAUUAAAUAUUGUUAAUAAUUUUUACGAGUCAAUUUUUAAAAACAUGGACAUUAGGAAAAUGGUAGAAGUAAAGUCGACUAGUAAAGUAAUAAUUACUUUGCUUUGUAAUUACUAUUUAAAAAAUUUUUCACUGUCUGCUUAGAAAUUUUGUUUAGUAGAUUAAUAGUAAAAAAUCUUUAACGUUUAUUAUUAGCUAAUUCA